AUGAUGGGGAGGAACAGAAAGCGGAGCAUUGGGGGUGCGCUGUUUUCCGGAAAGCUGAGCGAUGAAUUUGCCACGAAUAUCCUGGGGAUCUGGGAUAAGACCAAGAGCCGAAAAUGGGUAUUGCUCAAAGUAGCGUUGGGCCCAGGCGCGCAUGACUUCAUCAUCUUGACGCUUAAAGGCAUGGAGAUAGGCGAGGUUGAUAGGGUUGUAUAUCUUUUUGGACUUGUAGCGGUACUGAGUCACACGAGCACGAAGAAGGACCCAGGGGUCUUGGAGAUGAGCCUUAGAUUUGAGCGACAGAAGCAGUUCUCGAGAGAGGGAGUUGAACAGAACGGCACGGGCACGAGUGUAUGA